GAUAAGGGAGAUAUGGGCUAUUUUGAGCAUGUCUAAGUUUUUACGUUGAAAUUUUCUGACGUCGGCGAAGCGCAUUUAUUCAAAGCUAUUAUUUUAUAACAAAACCUUGUUUAUUUUACAUCGUGGUGACGAUGAAUUUACCGACUAGGUAUACGACGAAAAAGUGUAAUUUUUAAAUAGGCCUAAAUAUAUCAAAUGGGUAAUUUAAGGAAUAUAAAAAGGGUGGGGACAUUACGUUGAAAAAAACUGAGGAAGAGGAAACGAGAAUCCAGAUUUGUUUUUGAGUAUUAAACUUUUUACAAAGAUUAAGUAUGAUAACAUGGUCUAACAGAUACCAGAAUAUACACUUAUAAAUGAUUCUACUUCAAUUUGGAUCUCAUUCUUGGUGGCUCUGAACUAAUUCACUUUCAGUAUGAGCUCCCAACAACUUGUCCUAAAGCAGAGAGCGCUGCUUCUGGAUGCCGUGUGUGGUGGAGGCAGUGCUGAACCUCUGGACUGUGUUCUGGACCUGCUCCUGGCCUGGGAGGUACUUAUCUGGGAGGAUUACCUAAGCAUACGAGUCACUGAGAAACCUGUGAGUUCAAAUGCCAGACACCUUCUAGAUGUUGUCUAUGAAAAAGGAGAAGAUGCCUCUGGCCUUCUGUUGGCUGCGUUUAAGCAGGUCUUACCUGAGGAGCAGAAGUCUGAGCUGUGUUUUGGGAAAGAAUAUGCUGUAUUGGAAAAGAACAGACCCGCCACUGCAACUUCAGCAUUAUUGACUGACAGACCUGUGUUAGUUAAAAAGCUCAGAGAUAAUAUUGAUGAGGCUUUAGAUGUCUUAAUGACAACAGGCUGCUUCACCAUCAAAGACUGUGAUGGGGUGCACUUACCUGCGUACACACCCUCACAACAGGUUCGGAGACUCUUGGACCAAGUGAGGUAUAAAGGGGAAACUGCUGCAAGAACAUUACUAAAGUAUCUGGAUCAAACCGAACCUGAAAAUAAAGAACAUCAAAUUCUUGAAGAAACAAUAAGUUUCACAG